CCCUAAUCAGUGCGGAUCAGACUGAAAUGGGUUUGAGUUAACAGAGUUUUUGUACCUGAGCAUGAAAUGUUUUGAAAAGUUAUUUUUUCAACACAAGAUCUGACUCAGUAAAGUAAAAGAAGAUUCAUCUAAAACUCAGCGUCUCUGGAACACAUUCCACUGACUUGGGAUGAGGAAAUGGCAGCAGCUACUGCGUUGCAGAUUGUAGGACUGAUCCUUGGAGGCAUUGGCACUGUUGGGACCUUUGCCAUCACCGGCAUGCCCCAGUGGCGAGUGACGGCUUUCAUUGAAAACAACGUGGUGGUCUUUGAGACAAUUUGGGAAGGCCUCUGGAUGAAUUGCAUAAGGCAAGCGUCCAUCAGGAUGCAGUGCAAGGUCUAUGACUCCCUCCUGGCUCUCUCACCAGAUCUGCAGGCUUCAAGAGGCUUGAUGUGUGCAGCCUCAGCUCUGGCAUUCAUCGCUUUUGCAGUGGCUGUUCUUGGCAUGAAGUGUACCCAGUGCACAGGAAAUGAUGACCGCAUCAAAGGCUAUAUUCUGCUUGCAGGUGGCAUCGUCUUCAUCCUGACUGGCAUCGUGGUGCUCAUCCCGGUGUGCUUUGUUGCCCAUAACAUUAUCCGAGACUUCUACAAUCCCAUUGUCACAGUAGCUCAGAAGCGAGAACUUGGAGAAGCUCUUUACAUAGGCUGGGCUUCAGCUUUCUGUCUUGUGGCUGGAGGGGCAAUUUUAUGUUGUUUCUGCCAUUGCAAUGAAAAAACCCGAAGGUACCGAUACUCAUUGCCCUCACAACCGACUACCUACUGCAGCCGAAAUGUUCAAAGAAGAGCUGAGAGUGCAUAUUCUAAAAGUCAAUAUGUUUAGUUGUCUUGAUCUAAGAGGAAGAAUCUUUUACAUCCAACAUGAAAUCUAAUAAGGUGAGAAGAAGCUUUGGUCAUGUAAUGUACUCUGCAUACUGGAAAGCCACUUUAUCAUCUAUGAACUCUAAAACAAAAGACAGAAAAACAUCUUUAGAUAUUUCAGAGUAGGAAUGGAGCUUGAAGCUGGAUCUUGUUUGCAAUCUGUCCUUUUGUAAUUAAUCUCUAUUAAGAAGCAUUCCCAUAUUUAUACUCUGUGACACAUACAGAUCUGCAGAGGUGUGGGAGGAAUAUUGUUGUCACUGGUAAACAUUUAAGCCUUGCUGAAGUUUUUUAUAUUCAAAAUGUAAUGUCUAAAAUAUACCAUAUGAUAUAUUAUGAAGGUGGUGGGGAAAGACUGAAAAUGUACACUUUAAAUCUAUAAAUGAUUAUUUGCAUAAGUAGUCUUUUUAAUAAAAUGUUCUUCAGUUGUCAGAAAGAAUAAAAUUAUAUAUUUGAAAUAGUUGAUUUUCAUUUUCUGUCAAAGUGUUUCUUUAGUUUUGCCCCAACGCAUUAAUACUUUGUCUAAAUGUAAUGCUUUUUGAGUAAUUAAAGUUUAUGUUUGUUAUCAUGUAAAUUGUAAUUUGACAUUAAUUUGAUGUGCAUUCUAUUUCAUUAUGCAGUUAAAGAAUGUUAUUAUUAAAAAUAUUGCACAUUGCAUCAGAUAACAAGUUUUCUGUAACUUUUCCAAUAGCUCUUUGGGUAAAUCUAAUUCGUAAUCAAAAUGUGAAAUAUAUAGUAACCAUGGAAAAUAUCUCAUGUGACUGACCAAUAGAUGGAUUUUGAGGGAAAAAUGUUUCUGAAUAGCUAGUAGGAUUUAUUUUAAGUUAUAUAUUUUCUAUCAGGGUGGGUUGCAUGUACAGAGCACUUAAAUUUUUAUAUUUGACAGGCCUAAAGGAAAUGCAACCAUUCUUUUACAAUGUGUUAAAAUAGCUGCUGAGAUUGCUUACAGAUUUUAAAAGGUUAAUAAUGUCAAUCACACAGCUAUAUACAUGCAUUCUUCUUCUAGAAAAAAGAAUGAGAUAUUCCUCUCAUAGAUUGCUUGAGCUGAAAUAUGGCAGGAAACUGAUUACAUCAAUAGAACUAUGGUGGAGGACAAGUUGCCUAUUCGGUAUUAUUUAUAUUGUUGCAGAUUAAAACUUUGCAUAGUCAUACAGCUUAUAGUUAGUGAAGAACACACAAAAUGCUUUUAAAAUCAAUAACAAGAAGAAGCUGUGCAAUCCAAUUGCAUUAACUGGGGUAUGUAUUUUACUGUUAAAUAUUGGAUUUAGAAUGUACUUUCAAAUAUCACAAAUGCAGUUUACAUCAAGAUGAUUAUUAGAUCUGAGGGAAAUUGCACAACUGGCCAUUUUGGAAUAGAGUAAUCCUUACAAUAGUUCAUUUAGUGAUGAUUUGAAGUUACAGAAGCACUGAAAAAAAUGACAUGAUUAUUUUUUACACUUUCAACCUUUGCAUCAUCCCCAUGCUCAUAUGAUCAAAAUUCAGACGCUUGGCAACUGAUUCCUAUUUAUGAAGUUUGCAGUGUCCCAGGGUCA